GUGUGUGUGUGGUUACAUGCUCACUAAUGUGUGUGUGAGUGAUAUCCAGAGGUGUGUGUGUGUGUGUGUGUGCAGAGGCAAAGCAAGGAGGAGGAAACCUGAGCUCCCCCUCUCUCUCUCUCUCUCUGUCUCUCUCUGUCUCUCUCUCUCUCUCUCUCUCUGUGGAAUAACGCUCUCUCUCCGUCAGCUCUCGCCGUUAUUCGCCUCUCGCCGUUAGCUCUCGUAGCUUAGCUCGGUUCGGCCCGGCCCCUGGUUCCCUCGGCUGGGACCUGGUCCCGUGCGCUCGGCUCAGCGGUCUGCGGUUGACGAUGGAGCGGUUCCUGGCUCUGCUGCGUCUGCUGAGCAGGAGGAGGAGAGGGAGGAGGUACCGGGCGGACGACGACUACCAGGAGGGCUACGAGGACGUUUACUACUACACCAGCAAGUACAGCACACACCUACUGAAUGAAGGGCCGUACGGCAAACACUCCGCGGGGUCGAGACCUCCAGAUGGAGCGCUGGCCAUCAGGAGGCAGAGUAUACCAGACGAGUUUCGGGGCUGUUCGGUGGUGGAGCUGAUGAAGAAGGAGGGGACGACGCUGGGGCUGACGGUGUCAGGCGGCAUCGACAAGGACGGGAAACCCCGGGUUUCGAACCUGCGGCAGGGAGGCAUCGCCGCCAGGAGCGACCAGCUGAACGUGGGCGACUACAUCCGCUCCGUCAACGGCAUCAACCUCUCCAAGUUCCGACACGACGAGAUCAUCAGUCUGCUGAAGAACGUCGGCGAGCGCGUCGUCCUGGAGGUGGAGUACGAGCUGCCCCCUGUCUCAGUGCAGGGGUCAGGGGUCAUGUUCAAGAACGUGGAAGUCACGCUUCACAAAGAGGGAAACAGCUUCGGCUUCGUCAUCAGAGGUGGCGUCCAUGAAGACAGGAACAAGUCUCGUCCCAUCGUCAUAACAACCAUCAGACAAAGUGGACCAGCUGACAGAGAAGGAACGGUCAAACCGGGAGAUCGGUUGCUAAGCAUCGACGGGAUUCGUCUCCACGGCAGCACGUUAUCAGAGGCCAUGAGCAUCCUGAAGCAGUGCGGACAGGAAGUUACGCUGCUGGUGGAGUACGACGUCUCUGUGAUGGACUCGGUUGCCACGGCGUCAGGGCCGCUGCUGGUUGAGGUCGCCAAGGCGACGGGCUCCAGUCUGGGCGUGGCUCUUUCCACUUCCAUGUUCUGCAGCAAGCAGGUCAUCAUCAUCGACAAAGUCAAACCAGCCAGUAUAGCAGACAGGUGUGGCGCUCUUCAUGCAGGAGAUCACAUUCUGUCCGUCGAUGGGAAGUCGAUGGAGUUUUGUUCUCUCGCUGAAGCCACUCAGCUUCUCUCUGCGUCCUGUCAGACCGUCCGCAUGGAGAUCCUGCCACAGCACCAGGCCCGACCGGCCCUGAACGCACCACAGCACGUCAAGGUACAGCGUAGUCCCCGCCCUCUCCCUUGGGAGACUGGAGGCUCCGCCCCCAUCCUCCCUCCCUACCACUACAACACGUACCACCCCGACCAAUCAGGUGCCAGAUCGCACAACCGCCAUACAAACAACCCUCCUCUCAGUCACUCGUUCUCUCCCGGCUCCAUGUCGGCCUAUAGUCUCUCGUCCCUCAACAUGAACACGCUGCCCAGGAACAUGUAUCCCACGAGUCCCCGGGGGACACUGAUGAGGAGGAAAAGCAAGAAGAAGGACUUUAAGAGCUCACUGUCUCUUGCGUCGAGCACCGUCGGACUCGCCGGUCAGGUCGUUCACACGGAGACCACAGAGGUGAUGUUGCUAGGCGACGGCAUCAUGGGGUUCGGCCUGCAGCUGCAGGGCGGAGUGUUCGCCACGGAAACGCUGUCGUCGCCGCCGCUUAUCGCGUACAUCGACCCCGACAGCCCUGCAGAGAGAUGUGGCAUCCUGCAGAUCGGGGACAGGAUUUUGUCCAUAAAUGGAGUUCCUACUGAAGACUCCACUCUGGAGGAAACCAAUCAGCUGCUCAGAGACUCGUCCAUCACUGCUCAGCUCACACUGGAGAUCGAGUUUGACGUGGCUGAGUCGGUCAUCCCGAGUUCCGGAACGUUCCACGUGAAGCUCCCGAAGAAGCCGGGGGUGGAGCUGGGAAUCACCAUCAGCUCUCCGUCCAACAGGAAACCAGGUGACCCUCUGAUCAUCUCUGACAUCAAGAAAGGCAGCGUCGCACACAGGACGGGGACGCUGGAGCUCGGAGACAAGCUGCUCGCCAUCGACAACAUCCGCGUGGAGAGCUGCUCGAUGGAGGAGGCGGUUCAGAUCCUGCAGCAGUGCGAGGAACUCGUCAAGCUGAAGAUCCGCAAAGACGAAGACAACUCAGACGAACAGGAAGUGUCCGGCUCCAUCAUCUACACGGUGGAGCUGCAGCGCUACGGUGGCCCGCUGGGAAUCACCAUCUCAGGCACCGAGGAGCCGUUUGACCCCAUCAUCAUCUCGUCCCUGAGCAAAGGUGGACUCGCAGAGAGGACCGGCGCGAUCCACGUCGGCGAUCGCAUCCUGGCGAUCAACAGCAGCAGCCUGAAAGGAAAACCUCUGAGCGAGGCCAUCAGUCUGCUCCAGCAGGCGGGCGAGACCGUCACGCUGAAGAUCAAGAAGCAGGGCGAGUUGUCGAGUCCGAAGUCCUGCGUGAUUGGUCCAGGUCUGGGUCAGGAGAAUCAGGAUGGGGAGGAGGAGCCUAUCAUCACGAUCACGCCCCCAUCGAGCCAGAGAGCGUUCUGCACGCUGCCGUCUGUCGACAGCGCGGUGGAGUCGUGGGACGGAUCCAACAUGGACAGCAGCUUCACCACGUCGGCUCCUCCGUUCCAGUCGUACAGUUUCCACGAAUGGCGCAACGCCAAGUCGACCAACAGCCAAUCGUCUUCGUCCACUCGCCAGCGAACCAAUCCGCUGUCAGAUCUGGGCCUGACUGAUGACGACUGGGACCGCCCACCACUCGGAGGAGCCUGUAACCUGCCCAGCGGUCUAAUCUCUGACAGCAGGUUCACUGUGGGGCAUGACGGGGUGGAACCGGACCAGGAGGAGAACUUCUGGUCUCAGGCUCUGGAAGAUCUGGAGACCUGCGGCCAGAGCGGCAUCCUCAGAGAGCUGGAGGAGACAGAAAACGAGACGCACCUCCUCACCCUGGCAACCAUCAUGUCAGGGUCCACCCUCAGUCUGAACCAUGACCCCACCCCCACCCGCAGCACUCUGGGACGCCAAGCUAGUUUCCAGGAACGCAGCAACUCUCGGCCACAGGUGACGCCGAGAUCCAACACCUUACCCUCCGAUCCCCAGCGCCGAGCCUUCGCCAUGAGAAAAAUGAGGCAAGAAGUCAAUGAAAUCCUCAACCAGAACCCUGUGGAACUCCAUAAGUUGACUCUAGAGAAGGCCACAGAUUUGGAGGACUUUGGUUUUAGUGUUUCUGAUGGUUUGUUGGACCGCGGUGUCUACAUUAACAACAUCCGAGCAGGUGGUCCUGCAGAACGAGGUGGCCUCCGAGCUUUCGAUCGAAUACUACAGAUAAAUCACGUUCGUACCCGGGACUUUGACUGCUGCUUAGUCGUUCCUCUAAUCGCAGAGUCUCCAAAUCGCUUGGAUCUUGUCAUCAGUCGAAGCCCCACCUCCUCCCUGCUGGCCAAUCACAAUGAUGGCACCGCCAACAACAGCCACUCCCCUCAGUCAAUUGGCAAUGAGCUGGGACCGUCGGAGCUUCUGAUUGGCCAUGGAGAGGAUUGUGGUCCAAUCAAGUGGAGCCAACCUGGAGAUGGACUGGGGGUGGGGCUUGGGCUUGGGCUUGGGCAGAUGAAUAAUAGCUCCUCAUAGCAGGCAAACCUGGAUCUGGAUUAAACUGGUUGUUUUCAGACUGGAACAGGGAGUUCAGCGAGGAGACAAUGCAACCGAGAUGAAAUUAACUGGUUUAGAGCCGUCCACACUGGUUCAGAGUGUACCCCCAUGGUGCUAUACACACCGCCUGGAUGAAUUUUGACCUUUGACCACAAACAUUGAACCCUUGAACUGCUAAAGGAGGUUGGAAGCAUCCAGAUGUACUAAAAAAAAAAAAAAAAAAACCUCCACACCUUUUCACUAAAACCAGUUCUGCAAACUGAUACUAAGUGUGUCAUUGGAACAAGAACUAUGACGACUGAUCCUACUGGUCUAAGAUCACUGGAUACUGGUUCUAGAAGCCUCGGACCACUGACCCAACUGGAACUAGAGUCUCAGCUACUGCUCUUCCUUGUCAAAGACACUUUUGCUCUGGUCUUAGUGGAAACAGAACUACGGCUUCUUGUCCUACCAAAGCCAGAACCACCGCCAAUGGACCGGUGGUCUAAGAUUACUGGUUACUGGCUCUAUUAGCCUAGAACAAGGGCUAGUGGUUCAACCGAAGCCAGAGCCACUGCUCAUACCUGUUCCAAGACAAAGCUCUGGUUCAAGGUCUUUGGGUCACUAAAGCAAAGGUUCUGCACCUACUGAAACCAGAGCCACAGCCAAAUGUUUUACUGGUACAAGACACGGUUCUUGCUCAUAGUUGUGGUCACAGAAUCAGGGAUUCUAAGCCAGAGCCAUAACCACUGAUUCCAAGUUUAGGACCCUGGCUCCAGGCCUGUGUGGUCUUUCUAGAACCACAAACACAAGGUUUUGUUCUAACUGAGAACCACAGCAGCCCAGAUGGGACUGAUAGGAUUCCAGUCCCGAACCUGCUGAUGGACAGGCAGGAUGCCAAGUAGACUAGAGAUGCUCCGAUCAGGACGCAAGGCUCAUGUCAUUGUCAUCAUCCAAACUAGUCCUGAUCCCGUUCACCUUUCUUGGUUAAACAGGAAGUUCCUGCAUGAGAAACCCUUUAAAACACAUCACAUUCCACCAAGUCGUCAAAUGCGGCGUGUAUUUGUAGCUGCUCACAACGGUCACGCCAAAGGUACAGGUACAGUACCUUUACAGGUACAGGUCCCACAAGGUCUUUGGGUAAAAGUAAACCGUUUCAGUUUCAGGUCAGAGGUGGAAUUUGGAGAAGCUAGAAAAGAAUUUACGCAGACACGGGUUCCUAACGACCUCCGUCACUACACUGAUACGUAUGUUGCCAUUGCUCAGUUUCGAUUCCCACGCGAUGAGUUGCACGGAGCACUUACUAAACUUCGACUGGUUUCACGUCAUCAGUUCAUGCUAGUCACGUUCCGAUGACGAGCAGUGGAUUCCAGAGAGUGCGUGACUGAACUGGUCUGACGUCUCUGUUUUUGUUUGUUUCUUUAGAUUUUGUGAUUUUUUUUUUUAAUUAAAAAAAACUUUGGUAACUUGUAAUGAGCAUCAGCUGGUCCUGAUCGGAGCAUCGAUAAAACAAGACAAAGACGAAGGGUUUACGGUUCUGUGCCAUGAACGAGCUUCUGACUCAAAGAAAAAGAAAAAAAUAAUAAUAAUGAUGAUGAUGACACUGAGCAGUUCAAUAGGAAUCUACUGUUUUCUACUGUUUACACCUGUGGACUGGCCGCACUGUGUGUAUGUAUGUGUGUGUGUGUUAUGUGUGUGUGUGUUAAUCACUAAGGCCAGUUAAGCCCCUCCCGCCUCAAUUUCCCCACCAAUAGGCAGCCAGGACGAGAGACAGACGACAAGUCUGAUUCUACUGAUUGGCUGGAACCAAUCAGUAAACACAUGCUUCCCUGCCUGUCUGCGAUUGGUUCACCUCAACACGCUAACCAACCAAUGGGCUCCCAGGAAGAAGCCAAGCAUGACCCAGACCCCGCCCCUCCCCCUCAACCCCUGACCCCAGUAACAGUGAUCUCUUAUGCUAAUCGAUCUGUGUGUUUUUUGAUUGACUCGUCAGUUUUUCUCUGUUUGUUUGUUUGUUUGUUUCCAUGGCGACUGAGCCUGAAAAGAUGUAAAAUAGAUUUAAAAAAAAAAAGAAGAGUUCAGUCACCAAAACCCCGACGACCAUCACCUCAUCGCCACAAAAAUAUUCCGUGAAAAGGAAAAAAAAAAAAGAAGUCCUGUUUGAACAGGAACCCUGUGACAGUACAUAACAUACCUGUGUGUGUGUGGGAGAGUGUGUGUGUGUGUGUGUGUGUGUCUACUUUUUUACUUUAGAUUGAUGUCAACAACUUCCUGCUUUCAUUUCCGUCUGAACUCACUGUUUCAAACUGGCCAAUCAGAUUCCUCCCUCAGCACCAACGGCCAGUAGAAGCCCCUCCUACUCACCAACCAACCAACCAAUCGCUGCUCUGGAACAGAGUCUGUGCCGUGGAUAUGGGCACUGAUUGGCUGUUUCUGUGUGGCUAGCUGUGACUGGUUCCAUCCCAAACUCUGCAAACUGUGAUGUUUUGAAUCUGAAGCACAGUGCUAGCAUAUUGUUAGCACGUGGCUAACAAACAUUGAGCACAUUUAACCCACUGGGGUUAAUACAAAUCUAGCACACACGGCUAAUGUCAGCUAUGUUUAUCACUGAGUAAUCAUAGCUAACAUUUAGUUAGCACACAUAGUUACUAACACUGCUAACACUAAUAUAUAUAUGUAUAGUUAGUUAGCAAAUAGGCUAAAUUUGAACCAACAUGUUUGCAUGUGACUAGCCCAGGGCCACCUGUUUACAUAGCUGUGUUUACCUUGUACAUGCUAGCUAACACUAGAUGAACCUUGCUUUGUUAACACCUGGCUAGCACAGUUAGUAAAUGCUUAGCACACACCCAAAUCAUGGCUAACACAGGGCUAACUCAUGCUAAACAUGGCCAAUAGCUGUUUGAAAAACAGUUAAAUCAGGGCUAACACCUGUGAAUCUUAGCAGAGGGCUAACACCUGUCGAGCACAGACAGUUGUUUUGCCCAGAAAAGUCUUAACACAGGGCUAACAAAUAGUGAUUAUAGCUAAAUUUCAAAUUCAGCUCAUCUUAUAUAAGCCACACUCCUGGUUAGCACACAUGGCUAACACCUCAGCAAACAGCUAAACAAGAAUCACUUUAAUGAGCACAUAGCUAACAUCUGGUUAACACCGCUAGUCUUUAGCUCAAAGUCAGUUUAGCUUUCACUUUCAACACUGAGCUCAGAAUUCAACCACUUAGCGUAGCAACCGAAAACAGAGCGUAAAUAAAGAUGGCCGACACAUCUCCGUUGUUUUAAACGGAACAGAAAUGAAGCUAAAAUACGAUGAAGCCACAUUAAUCAGAUUAUCGAUCUUUGGGUAAAAAUGUUAUGCUGCUAACAUGGAGGCGGGGCAUUUAUACUAAGACUGAAGAACUUAAGAUGGCCACGAGGGGGCAGUGUAUGUUUUAGCUUCACUGUUGGAGAACUUUGUCGUCUGUUUUUAUUUUACAGAUUAAAAAAAAAAAAACUCAGUGGAAAGUGUUCACACACUGAGGGGGUGUGGCUUCAGUGAGCGCCAGAGCCAUACACACUACUGUGUUAGCACGCAUGCUAACUGUGCGUGCGAGCGUGUGUGUGCGCAUGUGUGCGCACUGCCAUUUAAAAUAACUGGUCAGAUUAGUUUCCAUGUAGCUUCACCAACCAACCAAACUAUUUUUCUUUAAAGGAACAGGGAAGUUGUAAAGUAUUUUUGUACAAAUUUAAUACUUUGGUAGCAUGACGCUCCUGGUGUUUGUCCCGUCAGGCUCCUCCUCCUCUUCACCUCCUCUUCCUCCUCCUCCCUUUAUAUGGACGACUACUGAGCAACAAUAAAGAUGACAGGACUGACUCCUCAUGUGUCAUCUCACACACUUUAAAAAAGCAAAACAAAACAACCACGUCCUAAUAUGUUUGUUUUCAAAAUAAAAAACCCCACUGUAGUUGUUUUUAUACAGGAGAUUCUGUAUGUACUGAGAUAACACUGUAUAAUUCAAAUCUAUAUAAUUUAAUAAAAUAUAAACAAGCACCA